CCUGCCUACCUGUCUUUUGAUAUUUUCGCAAAUUGAUGUGAUAUCUGCACUUUGAUCGCCCCCAAACCAACCCCCAAAGAUGGCCUCUUUCAGCAACUACCCCGUGGCCCAGGAGUGUCCCCAUACAGAAUACAAACACGAGUCGGACAACAACCCCGUCCUGAGGGGCCUUCCUUUGGCCGUCGCGGCGACCAUCGUCAACAACUCGCCCUACCUGCAGCGCUUCUUCUGGGCCAACGCCAAGUUUGGGACCAUCAAGGACAUUGCUAGCCUGAACGAUGUGGACUACAGAUUCCAGCCCACCGUCAUCCCCCUUCCGGACGCCGGCGUCACGGCCGCGACGGCCGCGGAGCUGACGGCCUCGGAGGACCCGGCGCACCCGCGGCAGGCGGCCGACCUCGCCGGGCGCUUCCACUCUGCGGCCGACUACCACGCCGCCUACCGGGACGGCUCGGCGACGCCGGUGCAGGUGGCGCAGGCGCUGCUCCGGCUGAUCCGCGGGGGCCCGGAGGGGCACGCCACGGCGUGGACGGCGUGCAAGGAGGACGGCGUGCUGGCGGACGCGCGGGCGUCGGCGGCGCGGUGGGCGGCGGGCGAGCCGCUGGGCCUGCUGGACGGGGUGCCGUUCGGCGCAAAGUGCGACACGGACGUGGCCGGCUUCGUCUCGACCUACGGCAUGCGGCCCGACCCGGCCCGCUACGCCUUCUUCCGCAAGGUGGCCGACAAGACGCUGUGGCCCGUCCGGAAGCUGCAGGAGGCCGGGGCCGUGCUGGUCGGGCACAUGAAUAUGCACGAGGUCGGCAUGGAUACCACGGGAUGUAAUCCCGCAAUAGGGACUCCUGUCAACUGGUACAACAAGUCUUACUACCCCGGCGGCUCGUCAUCCGGCGCUGGCUCUGCAGUUGGCGCGGGCGUCGUCCCAAUCGCUGUCGGCACCGACGCAGGAGGCAGUAUCCGUAUCCCCUCAUCCUACAAUGGUGUCUAUGGCCUAAAGGUCACCCACCACCGCACAGUCGCCAUGAACUCGAGCGUCUGCGUAACUGGCCCCCUGGCCGCCACCGUGGCUGACCUGGCUCUCGCGUACCGCGUCAUGGCCCAACCGAACCCAGAGUGCCCCGUCCAGGGCCAGUUCGCGCCGCCUCAUCCCUCGUCUGCGGCAGCAGCGGCCGCUGCCGGGGGGCCGAGCAAGAAGGUCCUGGGAAUCUGUCGCGAGUGGAUCGCCGUCUCGGACCCCGUCGUCCGCGAGCACUUUGACGCGGCGGUCGAGCACCUGCGGACCAAGGCCGGGUACGAGGUGGUGGACAUCAAGCUGCCGUACCUGCGCGAGGGCCAGCUCGCGCACGCGGCCACGUGCCUGGCCGAGGCGGCCGACUCGGCGCGCGCGCGGGUGCGGCCCGGCGAGGGCCACUGGACCGACCUGAUCGGGCACGCGAACCGGGUGCUCCUGACGGCGGGCCAGCACGCCGGCGCGCUCGACUACCUCAAGUACGCGCAGAUGCGCGAGGUCCUGAUGCGCCACCUCGCCUUCCUUUUUGCCGAGCACCCGGGCCUGCUCGUCGUGACGCCCACGACGCCCAAGGCCGGCUGGAAGGCCGUGGCCGGGGACGAGGCCCGCGGCUUCAACGACGGCAACCGCAGCAUCCUCAACAUGACGUACAUCUGGCUCGCCAACUCGUCGGGCUGCCCGUCCGCCUCGGCGCCCAUGGGAUACGCCGACCCGGAGCAGGGCGAGGGGAGAGUCCCGAUCGGCAUCAUGGCCAUGGGCCGCUGGGGCGCCGAGGAGCAGGUGCUCGACUGGGCCGGCGACGUCGAGGCGUACAUCAACGGUGGGGGGUAUGAGGGUGGCAGGGUCAAGCCGGCAGGCUGGGUCGAUGUGCUCGAGGCGGCCAAGAGGGGCUUGGGCAAGGGGAAGGGUGGUGAUGAUGGGAACGAGGCCUGAUGUGUAUCUAGUAGCGAUGGGGGUCGAGGUAAAAGACAGGACAAGGAGAGGAAAGGGGGCCGAAUACAAGCCAAGGGUUAGGGUAGCUGUAAGACCUCUGCUGGCACCCUUGUCGGCCCAUAGAAAUUCUUUAUCGAUAGCGCUGCUCGGGGCGGUAAGACGCGAUUUUGGCAGUAAAGUGAGAAAAAAAAGUUCGCGGCCCCACCAAUCGAUAUCUUUUUUCCAAUCCAGUCGC